AAUGGCGAGAGCCCGUUCGACCCCCGCGAGCCACCAGAGGUUUUAGAGCCGCUGAAGCAGGAGAUCGUUGCCCUGCGCUCCUUUCCUUCCCUUCGCCGUCUUCUCUGCGAGAGCUGGAGUCUAACCAAGUCUUGUUUGGGUCUGUUUUAAAUGGCAUCUCCACGGCGCCGCCGCCUUGCUCCGUGCUUUUGGGGGAUACUACUCAACGCUUUCAUAGGUGUGACGUGUGAAGCGGAGCUUUCCUUCACUCUGGAGCCCAGUGACAUCAUCGCCGUGCAAGAGCAGCCGCUCAUGCUGCACUGUCAGGUGAACGGCAUCCCGCCCAUCACCACGCACUGGAGGCACAACGGCUUGCUCUUGAGUCAAGACCAGCAUCACGCCACUUUCCUCAAUGGCUCGCUCCUCAUCCGUCACUUCUUGAAGACCAAGUGGGACAACUCCUCAGACGAGGGAGACUACGAGUGCGUCGCCCAGAAUUCAUUUGGACUGGUCGUGAGUCGCAAGGCCCGGAUUCUGGCAGCCACCAUGGCCACGUUCCAUGUCCAACCAGAGUCUGUGCAUGUGGAGGAGUCAGGCGUGGCUCGCUUCCAGUGUCAGAUCCAUGGCCUUCCAGAGCCUGUUAUCAGCUGGGAAAAAGACGGCCAAGCGGUGGACACCAAGGACAAGAGGUACACCCUCCUGCCCACUGGAGUCCUGCAGAUCACAGCUGUGAGAGAGGAGGACAGCGGGAAGUUCUGCUGUGUGGCCCAUAACAGCGCCGGAGUGAAACACAGCACCGAGGCCAUACUCACCGUUUCAGGCUCCCAGUCCUCCGUUUACAAAGAGCCAGUGAUCCUUGUGGGCCCAGAGAACCUCACACUCACCGUGCACCAAACUGCCAUUCUGGAAUGUGUUGCCACUGGUUACCCGAGGCCCAUCGUGUCAUGGAGCAGACUGGAUGGACGUCCCAUUGGUGUGGAGGGAAUCCAGGUACUCGGCACCGGAAACUUGAUGAUCACAGACGUUGGUGUCCAACACUCAGGGGUCUACGUGUGCGCUGCUAACAAGCCAGGGACGCGUGUUCGGAGGACUGCUCAGGGACGUCUUGUGGUCCAGGCUCCUGCCGAGUUCAUCCAGCCUCCUCAGUCCAUCGCUCGGCCCGUGGGCACCACUGCUCUUUUCACCUGCCAGGCCCAGGGGGAGCCAGAGCCGCAGCUCACCUGGCUGAAGAACGGGCAGAUCCUGGAGCCAGGGGGUCACGUCAAACUCAGGAAUAACAAUAGCACAUUGACCAUUUAUGGCAUCAGCCAGGAGGACGAGGCCAUUUACCAGUGCAUUGCUGAGAACAGCGCCGGCUCCACUCAGGCCAGCGCACGUUUGACAGUGCUGUGGGCGGAUGGGCUUCCUGGGGUGCCCACCCACGUGCAGGCAGAGGCCCUCUCACCCACAACCAUGCAGGUGUCCUGGAGAGAGCCCGAGCAGAACACCCAAGACAUCAUCGGCUAUGUGCUGCACAUGCGCAAGACUUCUGAUCCCAUGGAGAUGGAAUAUGAGGAGGCCGUGGGUAAGGGGACCCUCCAGCACAUCAUCAGAGACCUGGAACCUUCCACCAGUUACACCUUCUACAUCAAGGCCUACACCUCCCAUGGAGCCAGCAAACCCUCAGACAGCGUGAUGACCAGCACUCAUGGAGAAGUUCCGCCUCCUCCCUCUGUCUUCACCAAGGUGGUGAACAGCAGUGUCAUCCAGGUGAAGUGGGAGGUGUCAUCCAAGUUGGGCCAACACCAGGGCUUCAGGCUGUACUACAGGAGGGCCCACGCCCCGCAUUUCACCGGCCCGUUUACCUUCCCACGCAACAUCACGCAGCACACCAUCUAUGAUCUAGAUUCUUCACUGGUCUAUGAGAUAAAACUGCUAAUCUUCAACCAACAUGGGGAUGGAAAUGCCACUGUGCGAUUUGUUUCACUUCGGGAGAUGUUGGAGAAAUCUGUUCUGGACGCCUCCUGCAAUUGUGUCACAGAUGACCAGAGCAAAACAUCCACCACUGGCAUCAUAAUCGGGAUUCACAUCGGCGUCACCUGCAUCAUCUUCUGCGUCCUCUUCCUGGUCUUCAGCUACCGUGGAAGGUUAAUGAUGUGCAAGAAGAUGCAGGGCAGUCCUCAGGGAGGCCACAGCGCAGUGUUGGAGUCCUCCUCUUCCUCUCUUGGACAUCUGGGGCUGAACAGAUCUGGACGAAGAGACGUGGAGGUCAGCGACAGCAUGGCCAGAAAGUCCGAUCCGGCCCUGGUCUCUUCUUUGCUCAACAACACGCAACUAUCAACGAUACCACUGGAAGAGUUCAGUGUGGAGCGAGAGGCAGACACACAGUUUCAGCAGCCGCCUACAGCCGGCGCUGGUCACCAGGAGCAAGGCUAACCCACAAACAUUCAGGCGACACUCAGUGUCCACGCAGACUCUACUCUCACUCAGGUCGACAAAUGUUUCGUUGAAAUGUUUUUUUUUCUCCUUUGAUGCAAAGAUUUUUUUUUUAAGUUAAGACAUACUAGAUUGGAGUGAUAUUGGUUCGAAGACCUCUCUUCAGACCGAAGCUGUUUUCAUUUUCACUCUUGGUUUUUUGUUAAGGUAUUGGGCGACACCUGCUUGGUCAUUGUUGUACCAUAGUGAUUCCGUUUUAAGUUGAAAUAUAUAUAUAAGAAAUAUAUAUAUGCAUAUAUAUAUCUUUAUCAUCUAUUUGUCAGAGUGGUUCUAAGUUAUUGGUCUUAUUACUACUUUUCUGUGGAUGUCAAAGACUCCUGCUGCCUGCUUCAUGUACCAAUGAUUCCACGCUCUGAAGACCUCAGCCUUCUUCCAGGGAUUUGAUAUAUUCUCUCUCAGGACUUUGUUUCAUGGAUAUCAACACUUUUGUCUCAUCGAGCCUCCGUACAGACUCUUGGCUUGGCUUUGUGAACCUUAUGAUUCAAUUGAAACCUACCUCAGCCGGAAUGAAUGUGUUUUUACGGGAAGCAUUUAGGGACUUGACCUUCCCCUGUGCUCACAAUUACACGCAAGAGGGACUGGUUGGCCCGAGAAUUGACAAGAUCAGGUGCCACGCUACCUCAGAUGUCAAGAAUCUCCGCUCCUGCCUGUCGAAACAAGAGUACCCAACAUAAAGCACUUCCAAAAUGCUGAAGUCGUUGUUCUACCUCAAGAUAACAAUGUUGUGGUCGUUGUUGUUGUUGUUGUGCGUCUGCCUCAUGAGAACUCCGCGUUCAUCUCUGGGAAGCCUCAUCCUCCCGGGGGUUGAUGGACUUUUGUACAGACUGAUAAAUCUGUCGGAUGCAUUUCAGCGUGUGUGAGCCAUGUAUGAACCUUUGCUGUAUCAUUGUAAGCUUUUUUUUUGUUUUUUAUUUCCUUUCACUUUUGACGUCACUUGAAAUAGUCUAUAUAUUUUCGCAAAAAUCGGUGCUCUGGAAAAAAAGUAGACGCUCGACGAGGUACACUGCUUUGCUAAUGAACAUUUUCCAGACUGUUGAGUGCUCAAUGAGAUGGAAUGAUUGAUGGUUAAUUCACCAAUCCAAAUUAGCGCCAGGCGACAGAAUUAGCUCGCCAUCAAAGGUUCAUCUGAAAAUCUAAACGUAACACUAUGAAUGAGGAACACACAAAAAAGCACAACUCUCUAUUAUACAAGUUUAAACAUGUCGGAUGUAGUUCUGCAUUUCUUGGCGGCCAUUUUAAAACCCAGUCCCACGUUAUUUUUUUUUGUGUUGAGGUCCAGUCCAGGACAAGUGGUCUUCUUGGUGUGUGUUAGUUUGAUUCACUAAAGCACAGGGUCCUUGUGGUCACAGUGGCCAUCCGUAAAGAAUGUGUUUUCCAGUGCGUAUGGGUGUUGUUCCAGGCUGCUCAAAGUUCAAAAAUAUGCAUGGAUCAAAACAACCCUUGACAAUCAUAUAGGAGACUGUCCUGGCUUGGUGUGAGAGUGAAUGUUAUAUUAUUAUUCUUUCGAUAAAAGCAUCAGGUUAAAAUAUAAAAGCAAAGAUACAUAUGUAUAUCUAAGAAAAAAAACAUUUUCAGUGUAAAAAUAAAUGCGGGACAAGAAUGUACGUCAUGUUUUGUUACUCUUAGAUCCAUGAACCUGAAAAUGACAUUUUACUUUAAUAUUAAUGACAAAAAAAGGGGUGAUCCUUCAAAGGGCCCACCAGUGUGGCAUGUCAUGGCCAUGACACGUGUAAUGUGAGUCAUAGAGUCGGUCAGAUUGGAAAGAGAUAGUUUCAACUUUAACCAAAAGUGAUCACUUUACCCUGAUGGUUCAAAUAUGUGUUGAGGAUUUGGGUAUAGCAAUUGAGCAAACACGUCAAUUGUAUUUUUAGAAGCUUUAUUAUUAUUCCUCUAAUCCCCCCCAAAAUAUAUGGACUGUAGUCCCCCUACUGUGUGUGCCUCGCCCCCCACCAAAUUCAACUUUUGUGACCGCCGUCGAUAGAUGACAUGAGCUACGUGCCACAUUGCAAUGUAAGGUUUUCUUCAGACGUAAAUAAUGGAAAUAGUGAGCGUAACCCACGAUUGAUGUAAUGCCAAAAAUGCAGAACUACUUCUUCAAGUAGCAGCAGUGUACCUCAAACCUCAGUCUAGAUCUGUGAACCUGUGGUGCUGUUAGUUUCUCUUUAGAUCUCGCUGGUGUCCAGCAGACAUGAUUUCCAUGUACACUGUUCUCUUUGUUCUUGCUCAUCUCCCUCCUGUCAGCAGCAACUUAAGCUAACUACCCCCAGAACAUCAUGUUAAUGUGAGCGCUGUCCACAGAGAGCGGGUUGAGAGAGAGAGGGAGGGAGAGACAGCGCUCUUGUGUCUCCUGCCCUCUGCCCCGCCAGCUCACACAGAUGCAUUACUGUUGCCUACCUCGACACACUUAUCGGGUCUCUUGCUCAGGUUCACUUGAAGGAAACAUACAAACCUAUAAAUGUAUAUAUAUUUUCACUGGCUGGACAGUGACCAAAAAGCAUACAACAAAUGGAGGGAGAUUUCCGGACCGUUUUCCUCGUGCACUAACAGUUCCUGUUGUUACCUCUAGAUUCUAGUGAAUGUGGAUGGUUAUUUUGUUCAUCUCACUAACUCCUUUGUCGCUGGUGUUUCAACUACAAAUCUGUGGAACGUUUACAUGUGAAUAAAGUCAACUUAGAUCAGUCGAGUGGACGGAACUUGCAACUCCAACGUGCAUGAAGUUCUCAUUCGUGUGUUUUGUUCUUGUGGUGAGUCAACUGUUCCCUGUGGUGUUUGUGUCCUUUAUUGUCAGUCCUAAGGAGCCAUGUUCCAAUGAGGUGCGAACACAGUCCGGGGCAACACCAUAGAUAAUGUAGUUUACACACAACAUUAUGCAACUUUGUAAAUACAGGGUGUCUGACACGCAGCUUUAGACACACUGUCUCACCAGAGCUCAUGAUCGGUGUGCAGUAGUUUAAAAAAAAACAACUCUUUUCUCGCUCAGGAUCAGCAUCUCAAGCACAGAUUCAAUACUUCCACAAGUGAAGCAUUAAGGAGGGUGGAGCCAAGUUCUGGUCUUAUGCUCUUGAGUUUUCAGACAGUAGAAGUACAAUACAGUGCAAGAUUGCUGUUUAAUAUCCAAAAUUUUUGCCAAAUGUCAUGCUCAGACUUCAUGCUGCAUCUCGUCCUAGCUAGCAGGUUGGAGCUGCUCUUAACAGCACUCUGAAAGUUCUCUUUGCUGAUAUAAGCUUUAAACUUGCUCCUGCAGAGUUCAAUUUCCCUGAGAGAACAUGUCAUUUUUUCCUCUCAAUUAGUGAUGAGUCUCAUGCAGGAAAUUGCCCACAUGGAUGUGACAACCUUUAAUGUCACACUGUGCAACCUAAUGGUUAUGUGGAGAGUCAUGUUUACAUGGUGAGACUCUCGCUGGUCGGGGUGGAACAGGCUCGACUAGCAAAGCUGUACAUAGUGUUUCUCGUCCACCGAUCAAUUGUUCAUCAACACCCUCCAGUUAGUCUGGGUGCUACCCAAAAGUCUGAAGCAGUUGUGCUCUCAUUUCAUCUCUGUGCCCAUUCCAGGUUUAGAUUAGCACAUCUACUGAGUUACACCA